GUUCAAUGAUAUUAGUUUUCAAGUUAGAAUCAGAUGUGUACAGUACGCUAUGCAUUUUCUUCUUAACCAUCCUGAAUUGCGAGCUGAUAUUACAGAACAACUGAGGCUGCGACAGCAUGACCUAGAUGAAACUGUAAGAUAUGAAGUUGUUAUGGCCAUCAUCAGUGCGGCUAAAAAAGAUUUUAAUUCAGUUACAGAUGAUUUACUAAAUUUUGUCAAAGAAAGGACAUUAGACAAGAAAUUUAAAAUAAGGAGAGAAGCUUUGCUUGGUUUGGCUAUGCUAUAUAAGCAACAUAUGAGCAAUCCAGAAAUACCAGAAUCAACAAAGGAAUGCAUAUCUUGGAUUAAAAAUAAAGUGUUGCAUGUGUACUAUCAGACUGCCUUAGAAGAUAGAUUGUUAGUUGAACGCAUCCUACAUACUUGUUUAGUUCCGUACCAGAGUUCUUCAGAAGAGCGUAUGAAAAAGUUAUACCAACUAUUUUGCUCUGUUGAUGAAUAUGCAAUUAAGGCUUUCAAUGAACUUUUGAAAUGUCAAAACACUGUUAGAAAUCAUGUGAAAGAUGUUCUUGAAUUAUUGUGCCAAGUUCCUAAAUCUGAAAAUCAAGAGAAAAAUUUAGCAAAUAAAAUUAUGAUUUUAUCUAAAACUCUUCCCGAGCCUAUUAAAUGCCAGGAAUACUUGAAGAAAUUUUUUGGUCUUCUUCAAAAUAAUAAUAGAUUAAGAGGUCAUAUGGAUACUAUUUUAAAAGGAUCAGCAGCAUGUUCUGAAAUUGAGCACAGUGUAAAAGAAGUGUUAAAAUCACUUGGCCUUCCAGUGCAAACUAAUAGUUUUUACAUGAUUGUAAAGCAAAUGUUGGAACGUGUAGCACCUGUUAUGAUUGACUUAGCUGGUAUCAGACAACUUUUGCAUUAUAUAAGAGAUUCUUUAAUGGGUCCUGGUGAUAUUGAUAUCCAGUUAGGUUUAUUCAAUUCUGCUGAGAGAGGACUUCAGCUGUUGUUGAUACUCUCAUCAAUAUUUCCUGGGGCAUUCUGUAAUAACUAUGUUUUUGAAGAACUUUUAAAUAUACUUAGAGUAGAAGAUGAAGGUCCUGUGGAUACUACUAUUCUAAUCUUUACUAAUAUUGGAUAUGUUCUUGAAGGACAGUACCCAAAUAUAUGUGGUCGUUUGCAGCCAUUGUUGGAACGUUUCAUUGAAAAUGGAACUGUAAAGCAAGCAAAACAUGCAGUGGGAUGCCUAAAUGUUAUGGUUACAAAUAAAGAACGUGUAUUUGGUCAAAUAAUUGAUCGUUUAAAAAUGAGCCUUACGCUGCAGUCUGAAUAUUUUCGCACAGCACUAGUAUCACUUGGUCAUAUAGCUUUUCUUUGUCCUGAUUUAUUUGGAAUGCAAAUAAAGAGCAUUGUCUCAAAAGUAGUGGUUAAAGAUCUCUUAAUGGUGGAUUUUGAAAUAACUAGAGGAGAUGAUUCAAUGUGGAUUGAUUUUGACAUGCUUCCUGAAGAAACAAAAGUGAAGGUUGAGGGCAUGAAAAUGAUUGUUCGGUGGCUUCUGGGAUUAAAAACAGCUGCUCAGUCAGCAGUAUCGACAUUACGUCUCUUGACUACUGUGAUUUUACAUAGAGGUGAUUUAAUGGAAAAAGGACAUGUGUCGCCUGCUGAAAAAUCAUGGUUACGAUUAACGGCUGCUUGUUGUAUGUUAAAGUUAUGUCAGGAACCAAGCUAUGCUGAAGUUAUCUCGUUAGAACAAUUUCAGGUUUUGGCUCUUGUUAUAAAUGAUGAAUGUUAUCAAGUUCGAGAUAGAUUUUCUCAAAAGUUGCAUAAAGCUUUGAUGUUAUUGAAACUGCCAUUGGAUUUCAUGGCUAUUUUCUCAUUGGGUGGUUUAGAGAAAACUCGGGAGUUAAAAGCUCAAUUUAAGCAGUAUCUUCUUUCAAAUAUCAAUAAAAGAAGAGAGUAUUUAAAACAGAAUCCUUUGACUACAGUUUCAUUUACUAUUAAUUUGUUAUGUAAUCAACAAGUUAAGCUGUAUUCAUAUUUACCCGACUAUGUAUUGCCAUAUGCAAUCCAUUUACUUGCUCAUGAUCCAGCAUUUAAGAAAUAUGAUGAUGUUGCAUCUUUAAUAAAACUGAAGGACUGUUUAUGGUUUUUGAUGGAGCCACUUAUGAAACAUGAAAACUACAGUUUCAGCUUUUUUAAGCGCUUAUUGGAAGGUAUCAAACAAACAAAAGAUAAACAAGCUCCUAAUGAUGAUAUUGCUAAUUUGAAACUGUAUGCAGUUAGUGAUUUGGCUUUAAGUCUCGUGAUAUCGAAAACUACAAAUUUCGUUGUGAAAGAAUAUCCUGUUGAGCCAAACUUACCUACAAAAUUAUUUACUGAACAAGACCAGACAUACUGCAAUUUAAAGACUUACCUGCCACAAGAAUUAAUAGUCAACCCUCCAAAGAAAUCUGGUUUGGAAUUAGAAAUGUUAUUUGCAAAUGCCAGAAGCAAUGCCAGGAAAUCAGUGGGAAAUAGUGACUCCAUUGCAAUUGAAGGUAAUACGAGUAGCCAGCCAGAAAGCUUGCAACCAGAAAGCUUGCGAGAAGAGUAUGAAAUUGAUGAUGCAUUAGGUCAUGAGGUACCUGAAGAGAAUUCCCAUGAAAGUCAAGAUAUGGAAAACCAUUAUACUAAAAGUGUCUUAAGUUCUGAAACAGAAAAUAGUCAGAAUUCAAGUGCUGAGUUGAAAAACACACAAUCCAUUGGUGAUGUGCCCAGUGUGGCAGUUCCCACUGUCAAACGGCCAAGAGGCCGUCCGCGAAGGCAAAAUGCAGUGCCGGCAACAACUGCUACUGGAAGUUCUAGUGCUUCAGUAGAGCCUGAAAGUGAAAUGUGUGAAAAUACACCUCCUAAUUCUGUUGAUAAGCGAAAGACUCAAUCUGAAGGUGAAUCUCAAUCGGAAGGUGAACCUGAAUCGAAGAGACAAAGAAUUGAAGAUGAUAUUGAAGAAACUAGACUGAAAUAUCAACAGUAUUGGGAAAAACACUGCCCAACUCGUAUGCAAACAAAGUUAGUGGAUACAUCCAUGUAUGUACAAAAUAAAGAUAUGGGAAGGGCUGAUAAAUCUAGCACGUCAGAUGAACAAGAUGCUCGGUAGGCUUCCUUGAUUUGCCUGUAAAUGAUCGUCUUUAUAAAAUUGUAUUUAAACAGUCAUACAAACCAAAAUGAUUUUCUACGGUUACUAACCAUACUGUUUCUUCAUUAAAGAAGAUUGACUUAUUGAGAACAAGGAUGUUCUCUCUUCCUUUUCAUUUUAAACUGCUUUCAGUUACAGUGAAAGACAACUGUGAAUAAAUAUAACAGUGUGUUGUUUCAUGUUUCAUCAGACACUAGGAAAAUAAAGGCUAUUUUAAACAAUGUCAAUAAAAAUUUUAAAAUUAACUGUAA